AUGUUGGUGAAUAUAAUGACGAAUAAUUUUAAAACCAACGGAUGGAUUAACCUGCUCUUUAUGGGCGAUUUCCCCGACCGUUUUUAUGAGAAAAUAAAGAACAUAGAAAAUAUGACCGUCGCCCAUUCCAACUUGGCAUCAGAGGACGACGAAUACUUUGAAGAUGCCGUACCGUACCAUUCCAACAUUAUACUUCUUAGCUGUUUAGACUUUGAACAGUUUGAAAAGUUGCUCAAGAAAACUUUGUCCUCGCCGUACUGGCAUCCUCUCUCGAAUAUCAUCCUAUACUUUCAAUUCCCAUGCGAUAACGAUUUGCUGGCGAAAGUAUUUUUCACUCUAUGGUACUAUAAAGGAAUAAAUACUAUUAUAAUUCACGAGAGUAACUCUACUCACGUGCACAUCUCGUACUUCAGCCCGUAUAUCAGCGAGGAAUACAAGCUAGACCACCACUAUGGCUGCUCCACGACCAGAAGAGUGGGGAUGUCGAUAAAAGAUUACAGGAAAGACUUCCACUGCGCCGAUACCUGCGAAAACGUUACCCUCCACUCGGUGCUGCGAACCAAGAACCUCGGCACGUGCCUGGGUCUCGCUACUCACACGUUCUCCUACGAUGAUCCUGAGGUGGCCAGGCUAGAUUUAUUCCCGGACAAAGUGAAAAAUUUGCACGGAUUCGUGUUCAAGGUUUUCAUGAUAGAGGUGCUGCCGUUUUUGAGAAUAGACGAGAUGUCCGAUGGCAGCUACGAGCUGCGAGAGAGGGACGGCCUCAUCUGGAACACGAUGGCCAACCUCAUGAACUUCAAAAUAGAUCUCUCCGGGGCGAAGGAGGCGAAGAAGAGAUUCAGCUACGACUACAACGUCCAGAAGAUUUUCGAGUACACCGAGAGGAAGGCGGACCUCAUUCUCUUCCCGGUGUAUCAGUUCGAUCUGAUCAUUGCGAAACUUGACAACACUUUCCCGUUCAUGGAGAGCGGCGUCUGCUUCAUCUCGUACCGGGCGCCCAUGGAGAAGUUUCUAGUCGACAUUAAGAUGGUCCAGAAGCUGUACACGUUUAUAAUAGAAUUCGUCGUGUGCUUCACGUGCGUUUGGCUCGUGUUUCUGCUCUACGACGUGCAUGAGAACAGGGGCUCGAGGUUCGAUCAGAUCGGCCGGAGCUACUUGAACACCGUUCGACUGGUUCUAUGUAUCAGCCUCCACAAGCCCCAGAAGCAGGACGGGUUCCGGAUAUUCCUGGCCGUGUCGAUAUGGAGUUUCUUCCUCGUCAACUUCGCGAUGCAGGCCCAGAUAAUAUCGCUGUACUCGUCCUCGAAGAGGGGCAAAAACGUGGACACGUUCGAGGACGUAAUCGAAAAGGGUUAUUUCAUCGAGGGCAUCGGAUCGCCCGACGUGAUGCUGCCGGAUGACGACGAGAGAUAUCGCAAGAUUAACGAGAAGCUCGUCAGCAAUCAGGACAUAUUCGAGUGCAUUCGGAAUAUCAGGAACGACAGCCGAAGGUUCUGCCUCAUGGACUGCGCUCUGGGGCGGUAUUUGGAGCUGAACUUGUUGAACGAGAAAGGAGAGCAGUAUUUGCACGUGGCUAGACGAGACCGAAUGCACAGCUUGUACCUGAAUAUGCUGCUGCAGCUGAACUCGCCGCUCUUGGACAAUUACAAUAAGUACAUGAUGGCGCUAGUCGAGGGUGGUAUCAUCAGGAAAUGGAUGCAGUACAGAUACAGAGUGGUGGAGGAGGAGGUCUCCUUCAAAACGCUCAGCUUGGAGGAUCUGGAGGCCAUUUUUCAGAUAUAUCUGCUGCUGGUUCUGUGGAGCUUCGUCGUUUUAAUAACAGAGGUCAUCGUAGUACCUGUGUAUCAAAUGGACUUAGGUGUUGAGGUAGAUUACACCUUUCCUUACGUCCAAAGUGGAGUGUGCUUCGUAUCCCACAAGCCAGAAACCAAAAAGGAAUUGCUGGGGAGCUCUUUCGUGGUAAACAACUACAACAUCGUGAUAGAGUUCUUCUUUAUAUUCUUCUUCAUGUGGCUCGUGUUUUUUCUUCACAACUCGGAGCAAAUUGGCAAAUUUAGCUACGACCAAGCCGGACGAUACCAACAGAAUUUGUCUUGUAGACUGUUCUAUUGGACGAUAUUUAGAAAGGAGUGA